GGCGGGGACGGAGCGCGCAGAUCUCGCGUGCGCUCGCCGCCCGGCGCAGCCCAGCCCGGCCCCCGCCCGGCGCCGCGAGCCGAGGUGUCGCCCGCGCCCGCGCCCGUGUCGCCGCCGUGCCCGCGAGCGGGAGCCGGAGUCGCCGCCGCCCGAGCGCAGCAGAGCGCACGCCGAGCCCGUCUGUCGCCGCCAUGGCCACCACGGUGACCUGCACCCGCUUCACCGACGAGUACCAGCUCUACGAGGAUAUUGGCAAGGGGGCUUUCUCUGUGGUCCGGCGCUGUGUCAAGCUCUGCACCGGCCAUGAGUAUGCAGCCAAGAUCAUCAACACCAAGAAGCUGUCGGCCAGAGAUCACCAGAAGCUGGAGAGAGAGGCUCGGAUCUGCCGUCUUCUGAAGCAUUCCAACAUCGUGCGGCUGCACGACAGCAUCUCUGAGGAAGGGUUCCACUACCUGGUCUUUGAUCUGGUCACGGGCGGGGAAUUGUUCGAGGAUAUCGUGGCCCGAGAGUACUACAGCGAGGCGGAUGCCAGUCACUGUAUCCAGCAGAUCCUGGAGGCGGUUCUGCACUGCCAUCAGAUGGGGGUCGUCCACAGGGACCUCAAGCCUGAGAACCUGCUCCUGGCCAGCAAGUGCAAAGGGGCGGCCGUGAAGCUGGCGGACUUCGGCCUGGCCAUUGAGGUGCAGGGGGACCAGCAGGCAUGGUUCGGGUUUGCCGGCACGCCAGGCUACCUGUCCCCAGAGGUCCUGCGCAAGGAGGCCUAUGGCAAGCCAGUGGACAUCUGGGCAUGCGGGGUGAUACUGUACAUCCUGCUGGUGGGCUACCCGCCCUUCUGGGACGAGGACCAGCACAAGCUGUACCAGCAGAUCAAGGCGGGAGCCUACGACUUUCCAUCUCCUGAGUGGGACACAGUCACUCCUGAAGCCAAAAACCUCAUCAACCAGAUGCUGACCAUCAACCCCGCCAAGCGCAUCACAGCCCACGAGGCGCUGAAGCACCCGUGGGUCUGCCAACGCUCCACGGUGGCCUCCAUGAUGCACAGGCAGGAGACCGUGGAGUGCUUGAAAAAGUUCAACGCCCGAAGGAAGCUCAAGGGUGCGAUCCUCACCACCAUGCUGGCCACAAGAAAUUUCUCAGUGGGCAGACAGACCACCGCUCCGGCCACAAUGUCCACCGCGGCCUCCGGCACCACCAUGGGGCUGGUGGAACAAGCAGCCAAGAGCUUACUCAACAAGAAGGCUGACGCGGGGAAGCCCCAGACAAAUAGCACCAAGAACAGCGCCGCUGCCACCAGCCCGAAGGGGACACUUCCUCCGGCUGCCCUGGAGCCUCAAACCACCGUCAUUCAUAACCCCGUGGACGGGAUCAAGGAGUCAUCGGACAGCACUCACACCACUAUAGAGGAUGAGGACACGAAAGGGCCCCUGACACCCUGAGCUGUGUGAGGAGGGGCUCCUGGAGCUCUGAAGCCAACCCCCUACCUCACGCCCACCUCCCGCCAGCCCCCUGCGCUCUCCGCGUAAGUCAGUGGGUAGGGGGGGGGCCCCGCUGUGGGCGGGGUCUGCCUGGAGGACCCUGCAGCAGCCUGUCUCUGUAGGGCUGCCUCGGCCCUUCUGCUCCCAACCCUCCAUGGUGGCCUCCUUUCCUCCCCCCACCACCGGCCUGAGCCCCCCCCCCACUCCAGACACUGGCCAGGGGCUGCUUGGGUGGGAGCGAGUAUGGCACUGCUUCCCUGGGCCGCUCACGCUCGGCCUCCUGUCCACCCCAGCGCCCAGGGUCCCUGACAAUGGGGAGGGGCUUGGGAGCCCUGGACGCUGAGGGCCCCCUGCCCGCUCUGUGUAAGUAGUGCCCCUGGGCCCGCUGCCCUGCUGCCGAGUGGCUCCUGCGCCCGCUGUGCGUGGCCUCAGCUGCCCCCACCGCCGGGCUGCCCGAGGCUCAGGGCCUGGGCCGGGCUGACCGCCUGGCACUCCCCACGCAGGGCGCUCCCAGCCGCCGCCCUCCCCUCCUCCUCCCUCCGCCAGCUCUGCAGGCCGCCCCAGGCCUCUCCCCAACGCUGUGUCCCAGGCCUGGGCAUGGGCAGGGCCCUCCGGGCGGUCUACGGUGCGUCUUGCCUCCCUCACGCCGCCUGCCUGACCUUCCCGGUUGCAGCACCCCAUGGGGCCGUACGGAGGCGUAGCCUCUCCCGACCAUGGCUGGGGGCGAGAGGAGGGAGGCCUGGCCUUGCUGCCCAGCUGGGUCCUCCCUGGGCUCUGCACACGCCGGGCUGCCUCUGUCCAUGGCGGGGGGGGGGGUUACCCUCUGCCACAGCAGCUGAACGGCCGCGGAACAGCGUGCUGCCCGCACGUUCCUGAAGCCCCUCCUCUGUGCCCCCGCCCCCCCGUCCCCCUUCAUCCCCCACAUUCCCCAUCCCCCGCCCGUCCACAUCCCCUCUGUGCCUCCUUGUG